UGAUGCAUGGAAUGUUACAUUUAAAUAAAUAGUUCAAGAGCAGGUUUCUGGUAAAUAUAAUAAAUGGUCCAUACGACGUAGUGGUUUCCGAUUCUACAAGGAAUAUAAUGUCAUUUGGGAGGUAAGCCAGUGUAAACGUGAGGGAUCGGUGUGGCUUGUACAUAGCGUAAAUAUGGUCUGCGUGAGUACAUGUAUGUCAGGCUCAAUAGGUAAAACAGUGGCUAAUUACACCAGAGACCCCGGUUCGAUUCCUUCAGGGCACUUGGCACCCUGUUGUUUCACUAUGACACCCAAAUAAAAUCCUACGGUGGUGGUAUGGAAAGUUUCGGUUUGAGAUUUGGGUAAAUCUCAAGAAAAACGGCAGAGUCGGUGUAAAAGGAACAGAGGUGACCGUGACCCCAUGCUGUUGACCAAGAGUAAAAGGCGUUGUGAAGUGUGUUUGGCUGGCUACCCAGACCCUGCUAUGUACACGACACAGACCCUCACCAAACUCAUCCAGGAAUAUGCACAGGCCAUUCUGGAUUACACCUACCACGAAGAAUGUCAGCUUGUCAAUGAAGAGUUUCCAGAUAGUAAUUCCAGGGAGAGAAUACGUAAAAUUUUCUGUAGUUUUGAUCAAGUCUUGGAGCUUUCCAAAAAAUGUAUACCAGAGAAAGAGGUUGCAGAUGUACUCGGUUCAGAGGUGAAUGAGUGCCUUGUAUGGAGGAGAGGGGCAUUGCUGUAUAUGUACUGUAAAACUGUUAAAGAUGAUCCAGAAAGGGCAGACAAAAUAGAUGCCAGUUUUAUACAGUUGUUACAUGAAGGAAUUAUCCAGUUAAAGCGCAUACUUCCUUCACCACCACAAUCACCAAGUAGGGACGACGAGGGAUCCAUCGGACAAGGACGACACUCUACAGCUAGUCAAUAUGGGUAUCCUGAAUGACACACUUCUACUAGGAAUGAUGUAUGGUGGCGAGAUGUGUUACUGGUACUACCAAGAACAGGUCAACAGAUCUCGGAAUAUAGAGUUUGAUAAAGACUUUGAUGCCAAAAAACUUGGCAAGGACUUCCUGUUGCCCUAUAUAGAGGCUGUGGAUGGUGUACUUUCUGUCCAUGGAUGGAAUUCUCAAACAGCAAAACAAAUAAUAAAAUAUUUUUCUGAGCACUGAU